AAAUACAUAUUUCAUUUCUUAAUUUUUAUAUCUUCACAAUUGAAGUAUCUAAAUACACUAUGGAUAUUGAACAAUAUAUAGCAGCAACUGAACUAACUAUAUAUUGCAUUAAAGAAAACAAAAACUCAGCUUACUGUUUCCGAAAUUUAUAGUUUAUCACUUAAAUAUUUACAUUGAAUAUAAACGACAAUAAUUUGACUUAGGUUACUCUACUAGAAACAUACAUCUUACCGACUAUAUAAUAUAAAAGGUCUACUGGUAUCUAAUUUUGUGUAUAAAUAUUAUUGUCGACUAAGCUACAUCAAUUUUCAGCCCAUAGUGUUUGUUAAAUAUUCCACAAGGCAACGGAAUGUUUCCCUUAGCGUUUAUACAUUUACAUCUCUUAUUUAAAAUCAUUUAUUUUACACGUAUGGCAUGUCAGAUAUCGACGGUCAAUUUUUGGGUAUAUAUAGGAACUAAGGUUUGAUCUCAAAGAUAUCAUAAUACAUAUUUUUACAGAACAAGAUGAAGAUUGCAAACUUUUCCAUUCUACUUUUAGCUUUCUUUAUUUUUCCUAUCACGUUUGCUCAACUACGAGUAGGGUUUUAUGACAACUCAUGCCCUAAUGCAGAAACUAUAGUUCAAAAUCUUGUGAGCGAUGAGUUCGAAAGUGACCCCACGAUCACGGCCGCUUUGCUUCGCAUGCAUUUUCACGAUUGCUUUGUUGGGGGUUGCGACGGUUCUAUCCUCUUAAACUCAACAGAUUCAGAAAGAUUCGUCGGUCCAAACUUGAGCGUGAGAGGGUUUGAGCUGAUCGACGAGAUCAAGGCCGAGCUUGAGGCUCAGUGUCCCUCCAACGUCUCAUGUGCCGACAUAAUGGCUCUUGCCACCCGUGACUCUGUGGCCUUAGCUGGAGGUCCGAGCUACAACAUUCCCACUGGGCGACGUGAUGGGUUGAGAACAAAUGCGAACGGCGUGUUCAACCUUAUCGGACCAACCGCCUCCGUGGCUGCGUUUCUCAGCUUCUUUGGGGACAAAGAUAUGAACACGUUGGAUGCGGUGGCUCUUUUGGGUGCACACACGGUUGGAGUGGGAUCUUGUGAUCUAUUCCAGGACCGCCUUGUGAAUUUUAAUGGAACCGGACUGCCUGAUCCGUCCAUGGACUCCGAUUUGGUUGCAAAUUUAACCACCAUAUGUGAGGCUUCAGAGAACCCAUCAACAGGACUUGACCGGUCAACGCCAUUGACUUUCGAUAAUGCAUUCUUCGGACAAAUCCGAGUAAGGAGAGGAGUUUUGCAACUUGACCAGCGCCUCGCAACCGAUGAAGCCACUUCUAGUGUGGUGGCUCAAUACGCAGCAGACAACGACUUAUUCAAACGCCAGUUUGCGAUCGCGAUGGUGAAAAUGGGAGCCGUUGAUGUCUUUACAGGCGAAGACGGUGAGAUCAGAACGAAUUGUUGGGCGUUCAAUAACAACUAACUUGACUUGUGUGUGUUUAAUACUCUGAAUCUUGAUUGUUUGUUUGGUAUUUAUUUUAUGGCCAUGUUAUUUUGGUUUUAAUCUGGGUGAAUUGUGAAGCAUUUGAGUUGCUAUAUUUUUUUUUGAAUAAAAUAUUUUCUAUUUAUUUAUGUGAUUAAUGUAUAUCGAUCAAAUAUUUAUUUAAAUAUGGACUUCAUUAGAUAGAAAAUGUAUUUACUAAAUAAAUUCAUCCAGUGAUCUAUACUGGAAACACAUUCAUACUUUUUACAUUUUAAUUUGGUCUAAAAAUUUUGUAUACUAACCACAUUAUCGUGCUUUGGUGGUCAAAACUAGAAGAAAAGUCA